AAUAUUUGUCUGCUUCGCAGUGGCAGAGAGAAAAUUUCUACAGAGAGAAAGCGCGCGAGACAGAGUGAGAGAUAGAGAGAGUGUCGUAGAGAGAGAAAAUUCAUAGAGAGAGAGUGACCGGUGAUGGUUGAGGUGGCGACGAUGCAGAUGCAGCGAGAGAAAAUUCUAGAGAGAGAGAGUAGUAUGGAGGAGAGUCGGAGUCCUCGGAGUCCAGAGGCGAAGCUUGGGAUGCAGGUGGAGGAUCUGUGGGAUGUUCAAGAGCCACAGCUCACUCCCACUGAGAAGCUCAAUGCUUGCUUUGAGAAUGUUCCUGUCUCUGAUUUCCCUCAGGCUCCUUCUGAUCAAGUGAUUGAGAUAAAAUCAAACACUAGUCUGGCAGAAGCUGUUCAAAUAUUGGCUGAGCACAAAAUUCUAAGUGCACCGGUGGUGGAUGUUGAUGCCCCUGAAGAUGCUAGUUGGAUUGACAGAUACCUUGGAAUGGUUGAGUUUGCAGGAAUUGUUGUCUGGAUUGUGCAUCAGUCAGAACCCCCUUCUCCUAGGAGUCCAAGGAGUCCAACUGCUCUUGAGGCAGCAGCUACUGGGAUGAUUGCUUCUCUUGAACUUGGAGAUUUAGGCCCUGAAUCUGCAGCAAAAACUUCUGGAAACUUUUUUGAGGCUCUGACUUCAUCAGAUUUUUACAAGAACACAAAGGUCCGAGAUAUAUCAGGUUCAUUCCGCUGGGCCCCAUUUCUUGCUUUGCAAAAAUCCAAUUCAUUUUUGACCAUGCUGUUGCUGCUUUCAAAGUACAAAAUGAAGAGUGUUCCUGUAGUUGAUUUGGGCGAGGGAAAGAUUGAUAACAUUAUCACACAACCAGCUGUGAUUCACAUGCUAGCAGAAUGUACUGGACUUCACUGGUUUGAGAGUUGGGGAACCAAAAAGAUAUCCGAACUUGGCCUUCCCACAAUGACUCCUAAUCAAAUUAUCAAGGUGCACGAGGAUGAACCAGUGCUCCAAGCAUUCAAGCUAAUGAGGAAAAAGAGGAUUGGAGGGGUACCUGUAAUUGAAACUGGUGGCAACAAGGCAGUAGGUAAUAUAAGCUUAAGAGACGUCCAUUUCUUGCUUACUGCACCGGAGAUCUACCAUGAUUACAGAUCUAUCACAGCAAAGAACUUCCUGACAGCAGUUAGAAACCACUUAGAAAAGCAUAAAGAGGCCUCCCCACUGCUGGGUAAGAUGAUCACGUGCACAAAGGAUCAAACAAUUAAAGACUUGAUUCUGAUGCUGGAUGCUAAGAAGGUUCACAGAGCAUAUGUUGUGGCUGAAAAUGGAGAUCUGGAAGGAGUAAUCACACUUAGAGAUAUCAUCUCAAGGCUAGUUCACGAGCCCCGUGGAUAUUUUGGUGAUUUCUUUGACGGUGUUCUUCCACUGCCCCAGAACAGCAGAGUAUAAGAGGUACUCAGAGUCAAAUUCUGAUAAUUUUCCUAAUGAUUCAGUACUAUUCUUCUUCUUCUUCUUCUUCUUCUUCUUCUUUCACUGUAUUUAUCUCUUCCCUUUUCCUAAGCUUGCUAUCUGUGGGGUGGGUUGAAUCGUGAAUAUGGUGACUGUAACAUAGGCAAAGCCCUUGUAAUUAAUGCCUUCUGCAGUUUGUCAUGCAUUUUAUCUUUUUACUCUAUCCAUGAGCUCCAUCCGAGCGUUUUUGUUGGAGAAAAAAAAAAAAAAAAAAAUCUAAUAAGAGGGAACUAUUCUUUCA